CCUUUAUGUAGAGACGUAAUGUAAAUUAUCUGAAUAAAAUCUUAAAAGGAACGAAAAUGUUAUUAAAGAUAGGUGUUAUUAAACAUAAAUUAUUCUUGUGAAAAGUGAUGAUUUUUUCAAUAAUGAUAGACAUUAAUAUAACCUGAAAACAUUGUGCUUGCUUUAUUCGAUGAGGAUGAAGUAAAUUUGAAUCAGUUGUUCUAAAUUUGGUGCAACACUAGCUAUUUUUGUUUAUUUUUCGAUUUUGAUUGUCACUGACCACUGUCAAUUGUCAUAAGAUACAAUUGCACGUGUUUUUACCUUGGUGUAUUUUAAAAUAAAGUAACUUAUUCAUUAUUUAAACCACUCGCUAUAAAAGGUAAGAAAAUACACAAUCUACCCUUUUUACGAAAAGAACAAGGAAUUAAAUACAGUGAAGUCUCGCAAUGGUAAUACAAGUUGAUUCAGAAGGGUCGUCCAAGUCCACGGUACAAAUGCAGAAUAAAGAAUCAAAAAAGUACAUUGUUGUUAAAAACCACGUGCGAGAAAUCCCAGAUAAAGGUGUUGAAAGUUCUAGUGAAGAACAUAAUAUUGAAAAUGUUGAAAAAUUCGAGAAACCGGUUAAAAAACAUAAGCGCAAAACACAGCAAUCAUCGUCUUCCGACGACAAUAAUGUUAACAUUACUGAAAUCUCUAAAAGUGACUUAAAGGAGUUGAAAAGUGUUUACGAAAAAUGCAAAACAGUGCUGAUGAAUAUUGAGUCAAAAUAUGGCCAUUUAUUAAAUUUAGACAAGAAAACACCCAAUGAAGGAAAAAGAAAACAUGAUACCGAUGAGGAUGAUGAAUGUAGUUGUGCAUUAAAUAGGAAGAUAGUUUUUGAUGAUAAUGGCAGAGAAGUGUACGAUGAAAGCCAUAGUUUACAAAAUCACAUUUGUGUAAAGAGACUAAAAAAUCAAAUGCGACAUUUCCCUGAAACAUAUCCUAACGUAACAAUAGAACAUCAUAAUUGUGAUUAUGAUAAUCUACCGGAUAGUAUUCAAGAACUAACAGAGCUCCUAAAGAAUCCUUCAAUUAUGUCAAGAGAUAGAAGAAGUAUAAUUGAGAAAAUAAGACAGUUAAGAGAAGAUUACUUAAAUAUGAUUCGGUUUGAAAGAAGUUCACUGAUAGAGAAAUUGAAAACGAAUCCAGAAGAUAUUAUGGAUUUUAAAGGCACAAAUAUUUCAUCAUUAACGGGUUAUCCAACUAAAUAAGACAAUAACUCAAUUAUCUGUUUGUAUAGAAUAUGUUUGUUAUUAAAUAUAAUCUGUUAUAUCAAAUACUACUAUCAUGUGAUAUUAGAAAAGGAAUUCACAAUUUUAAAAUGAUUGCUGUUGCAUUUUACUAUGCCUAAUACUUAAUUGCCAAAUACCUGCCCAAUAUAUAGUUUAUGAUUUUUCAUUAACCAAUAAAAAGUAAGUUUGCAUUUUGUUCUGUCACAUAUGAAAUUAACCGCAUAAUUAUUUUCUGUAUUAAUGUGUCUUUUUUUUUUAAAACAAAAGCAAUGACAGACUACCUUUAUAAUAUCUACUGUAUUCAAAUAGUUAGUAGGUACUGUACUCAGUUAGUAAUUAAUAAAAAAAAAUAGCAAAUACUUUUUAUUUUAAGUAUUAUUUAUUGCAUAUUUUUUGCAAAUAUAUUAAUACAAUAAUACUAAAGUGAUUUAUUAAUAUAAGAAUUGAUAACAUUAAGUGCUUAAAUAUAUACAAAUAUGAAUUAAAAUUAGUUACUGUAUAAAUCUUGACCUCGUGGAAUGGUGGCAAGAAUGCUGGCAGCAUUUCCCUGUUGAAUCACAGUUCCAAUCCUCGGGGCUUAAAAUGAACUAGCUCUCCUGUCACCAGUGGAGGCAAUAAGGCGAGAUGU